UGGGAAUCUAAAAUGAUAUGGGCCCAGUAGAAAACAGCCCUAAUUUAAAACCGAUUUAAAUUUAUUCCCACGAACACUUGCUACUGAACACUGAAGAACUCGGACGUUUUCUGUGAUAUUACGAGAGACUUCGAAGAAGACGCUAGAUCGAGGGAAAAAAAUCAUAAAAACUUUCAAGGCUAUUGGAUUUCUUGCUUCUAAUGGCUGUUGAAAAACUUUUCAAAGAUGAAGCUACUGAAGAAAAGGGUGAACGGGCCCGGAUGGCAUCCUUUGUUGGGGCCAUGGCAAUUGCUGAUUUGGUAAAAACAACUUUAGGACCUAAAGGAAUGGAUAAGAUAUUACAAUCCACUGGUAGAGGACACAGUGUCACUGUGACUAAUGAUGGUGCCACUAUCUUAAAGUCUCUCCAUAUUGACAACCCUGCUGCCAAAGUCCUUAUUGACAUCUCAAAAGUUCAAGAUGAUGAAGUGGGUGAUGGGACUACUUCAGUGGUAGUCUUGGCUGGUGAACUUUUGAGGGAGGCUGAAAAGUUAGUAGCAUCAAAAAUCCAUCCAAUGACAAUCAUUUCAGGUUUCCGGAUGGCUGCUGACUGUGCACGUAAUGCAUUGCUGGCCAGAGUUAUGGAUAAUAAAAAGGAUGCAGAGAAAUUUAGAUCCGACCUAAUGAGGAUUGCAAAGACCACUUUGAGUUCAAAGAUACUCUCACAGGACAAAGAACAUUUUGCAAAAUUGGCUGUUGAUGCUGUUAUGAGGCUAAAAGGAAGCACAAAUUUGGAAUCCAUCCAAAUCAUCAAGAAAGCCGGAGGGUCACUAAAAGAUUCGUUUUUAGAUGAAGGAUUUAUUCUAGACAAAAAGAUUGGACUAGGUCAACCAAAACGUAUAGAAAAUGCAAAAAUCUUGGUUGCAAAUACAGCAAUGGACACAGAUAAAGUAAAAAUCUACGGGGCACGUGUCCGAGUCGACUCGAUGGCAAAAGUUGCUCAAAUCGAAGGAGCUGAAAAGGAGAAAAUGAGAGAAAAAGUACAAAAAAUAAUCGGUCAUGGAAUCAACUGUUUUGUUAACAGACAAUUAAUCUACAAUUUUCCCGAAGAAUUAUUUGCAGAUUCUGGCAUUCUCGCAAUUGAACAUGCUGAUUUUGAAGGAAUCGAACGUCUCGCUUUAGUGACAGGUGGCGAAAUUGCAUCCACUUUUGAUAAUCCGGAAUCUGUUAAACUCGGACACUGUAAACUUAUUGAAGAAAUUAUGAUCGGUGAAGAUAAAUUAAUCCACUUUUCCGGUGUCCAAAUGGGUCAAGCCUGUACCAUUGUUUUGAGAGGAGCAAGUUUUCAUGUACUUGAUGAAGCUGAAAGAUCGUUGCAUGAUGCUUUAUGUGUACUGUCUCAGACUGUGAAUGAUAGCAGGGUUCUUUUGGGUGGUGGGUGGCCGGAAAUGGUGAUGGCCAAGGCGGUUGAUGAGCUGGCAAGAAAGACACCUGGCAAAAAAUCUCAUGCGAUAGAAGCUUUUUCACGUGCACUUCUUGCGAUUCCAACAACUAUUGCUGAUAAUGCUGGUUUAGAUAGUGCUGAGUUGAUUGCUAGGCUUCGUGCUGAGCAUCAUAAACAGGAGAGUAAUGCUGGGAUUGAUGUGAUAACGGGCUCUGUUGGAGAUAUGGCGGAGUUGGGGAUAUCGGAGGCAUUUAAGGUGAAGCAGGGUGUGUUGUUGUCUGCAACAGAAGCUGCUGAAAUGAUUCUGAGAGUUGAUGAAAUCAUCACUUGUGCACCAAGGAGGAGAGAAGAUAGAAUGUAAAAAUGUAGUUUAUGUGUUUUUAGUUGAUUAAUAAUGAACUUGAUGUGGACAUGAUUUGGUGGAUUUAGUGGACUUAAUAUGUUUUGGUUGUUUUUUGUAUGUGAGAUCACGUCUUAUUUGUUGUAAGACCAAAAAAAAGGGAACCAUAGGCAUAAAUAUUUUAGGAUAAUAACAUAAAAACCCUUUAGUUUUCAA